GAUUAAAAACUAGGAAUGGUGCUACCAUUCGCAAGCACACGGGCCUCUGCGGAAAUCCUCGGACCUAGGCCACAGUCCCAAACGUCGUCGUAUUUUACCCCACCGCUUCUCUUUAUUUCUUCGAUUCUUUUCUCCCUCGUUGAUUAUUCGUUCAGGUAAACCAACCCAAAAGAGAGAGAGAGAGAGAGAGAGAGAGAGAGAGAUGUCGAGGACGCUGGUGCAGCCCAUAGGGCAAAAGAGGUUAACGAACGUGGCAGUGGUGCGUCUGAAGAAGCACGGGAUGCGCUUCGAGAUCGCUUGCUACCCUAACACCGUCCUCUCAUGGCGUUCCGGCGUGGAAAAGGACAUUGAUGAAGUGCUGCAGUCCCACACCGUUUACUCCAACGUCUCCAAAGGCGUUCUCGCCAAGUCCAAAGAUUUAACCGCAGCUUUUGGCACCGAUGACCACUCCAAAAUAUGCUUAGAGAUUUUAAAGAAAGGGGAGCUUCAGGUAGCUGGUAAAGAAAGGGAAUCGAUGCUAUCGAAUCAGUUUAGGGACAUUGCGACCAUAGUGAUGCAUAAGACUUACAAUCCCGAGACUCAGCGCCCUUACACUAUCAGCAUGAUCGAACGCCUCAUGCGCGAAAUCCAUUUCGCCGUUGAUCCUCACAGCAACUCCAAGAAGCAGGCUUUGGAGUUAAUUCAAGAGCUUCAAAAGCACUUCCCUAUAAAACGGUGCCCGUUGAGAAUACGAGCUACUGCUCCUGAGGAUCAAGCGCCUCAGCUUUUAGAAAAGCUCAGUAUGUGGGAUGCCACACUUAUUUCCAAAGAAGGAUCUUCUGCUCAGUUAUCUGUGAUUUUUGAAUUGGAGCCUGGUCUAUAUAAGGAUUGUCAUGAUUUUGUUAUGAAUAAGAUGCAUGGAAGAUUUGAAGUUCUUGCGCACACUCUUUAUGUUGAGGGGGAUACCCAUGUGGACCAAUACAAUGAUUUUGAGGAUAUGCCUGCAUUGUUGCCCAAAGAAACUCCUGAUUCUGUGCUUGAAUUGAAUGAGAAACUUCAAAAGCAAACAAUUUCAUCUAGGAGUAGGCCUACUGAGGGACAACAACAAAAGCAAAACAAGUGCAACACAUGUAAUGUUUCUUUUGAAGACUCCAAACUGUAUAGGGAACAUCACAAGAGUGAGUGGCACAAGCACAAUAUGAAGCGUAAGACAAGGCAACUCCCACCACUUACCGAGGAAGAGUGCAUGGCAGACAUGGAAUUGGGCGACUCAAAAUCUGAUUUGAAGGAUUAUUCAUUUUAAGAUGAUAAUCAGUGUUUUAGAGGUGUUAAUUGGUAAUCACAUAAUUGAAGUCUUGUGUGUAUACUUUGGCCAGUUUUGUCAGGAUUGUAAAUUGUUUACAUGGAAAUCCUUAUAUUGAAACCCUCGAGCAUCCACCAGCACAAAUUACAUUG